UAACCCGUCCGUAGGUAAAAUUCCAGUAGAUUUUUGGGGAUAAUUUCCGACAUUAAAACGGCAUAUUUCGGCUCGAUCUGAAGAAAUCUCACGGUGGCUUAAUGAAAAUGGGUUUCCCCAACUUUUCAGAAAAAAGGGAUUGCUCAGACAAAAUUUAGGAAAACCCAAAAGCGUUUGGAAUGGACGAGUUAAAUAAGUGAAUAUACAAGGUUCAGAGAGUUAGAUAGAGAUGGAGGUGGUGAGUCAUGGGUGAAGCUCUCAGGAAGACCUUCAAGGUUCUGAUCAGUUCAUCAAACUCGAAAUUCUCUCUCCUCGAAUCGAGAAUGGCUCACUCUCUCUCUAUAAAGUCCGGCUUUCUCCGAGAGACACAAGUACAAACCAGUCUCAUUAAGGUCUAUUCAAAAUUCAGAUGCUUAGGAGAUGCCCACAAAGUAUUCAGUGAAAUUAUCGAACCAGAUAUUUUCCAAUGGACCCUGCUAAUUAAUGAGUACACACAGAACAGUAGACCCAUUGAAGCUUUACAACUUCUUUCUUUGAUGCUAAGAAAUGGGGUGACCCCAAAUUGCUUCACUUUUGCUAGUGCCUCAAUGGCGUGCUCAAGCCUUGGAGACUUGACCACAGCUAAAGUGAUCCAUGGACUGAUUUCUCAAUGCAGGUAUGAUCAUGACAUUGUCUUGGCCAACUCCAUCAUCCACAUGUAUGCCAAAUGUGGUGGCAUGGAGGAGGCAUGCAGGGCCUAUGAUAUGAUGCCACAUAAGGACCAUGUAACCCAUAACAUCAUCCUUGGUGCUUAUGUGCGUGCCGGGGACAUGGCCACGGCAGCCAACUUUCUUCAUUCAUCACCUUUUAAGGGAGACAUCCUCAGUUGGAACACAGUCAUCUCAGGGUGCCUGAGAAAAGGGCUUGGUCUGUUAGGUUUGGAGCUUUUCUAUGAGAUGAGUGAUGUAGGCCUGAGGCCAAAUGCAUAUACUCUUAGCUUGUGUCUGGCUCUUUUCGGAAGACUAGCUCUGUUAGAGCUUGGAAAGGAGACACAUGCUCUAGUUAUAAGACUUGGGUUUUAUUCCGAUUCAGUUAUUGGCAAUUCACUUAUUGAUAUGUACUCCAAAUGUGGAGAGUUGCAGCGUGCUACGCGUAUGUUUGUGCUCAUCUCAGAGGACCCAAAUACUAAUUUUGCUGAUUGCCAAGGUGUCAUUGCAGUAGAAAAUUCACUACAAGUCCCUUGGAGCUCCAUGGUUGCAGGAUAUGCACAGAAUGGAAUGGGCGAAGACGCUCUGAAACUUUUUAUCAAGAUGCUUCAUAAAGGGCUUAAAUCAAAUGUGUUCACCUUGACUAGCUUAUCCAUGGCCUGUGCUGAAAUGGGCAUCUUAAAUUUGGCAGCAAUGGUCCAUGCCCAAAUAACAAAGACUACCUCUUUUUUUGAUGAUGUGGUAUUAGGAAGUGCAGCCGUUGAUAUGUACGCAAAGUGCGGUGCCAUACAUGAGGCCCUAGGAAUUUUCAAUGCUAUGAAAUAUCAUAACCUUGUGUCAUGGACCUCAAUAAUUGCAGGUUGUGCACAACAUGGUCUAGGAUUAGAGGCCAUUCGCUUGUUUGAAACAAUGAUCAAAGAGGGCAUAAAGCCUAACGAAAUAAGCUUUGUGGGGUUGCUUUGCGCUUGUAGCCAAGCAGGCCUAGUAUCACAAGGCCUCCAAUAUUUCAAAUCCAUGACAGAAGAUUAUGGGGUUGCUCCUGGUUUGGAACACUACACUUGUAUGGUUCAUCUUCUCGGGAGGGCUGGCCUGCUGAAAGAAGCAGAAGAAUUCAUUUUUAGAAAUCACAUCUCAGACCAGGUUGUUGUGUGGACUGCACUCUUAUCAGCUUGCAGAAUUCACAAUAGCUUCAAGAUGGGGAGGUGGGUUUCUGAGAAAAUAUCUCAGCUCGAACCUUUUAAUGCCGGGUCAUAUGUCUUGUUAUCGAAUAUGUAUGCUAAUUCGAGUAGGUGGGGGGAUGCUGCAAAUGUGCGGAACAUGAUGAGGGGGAAAGGGGUGGAAAAGAAACCUGGUCGAUCAUGGAUUCCAGUCAAGAAUGUCAUUCAUUCCUUUGUUUCUGGAGAUAGAUCACAUCAUCUAACUGAUGACAUUUAUUGCUGCUUAGAGAGGUUAAUGGCAAGAAUUAGGGAAGUGGGUUACUUUGCUUCAACUGGUUUAGUGAUGCAUGAUGUGGAAGAAGAGCAAGGGGAGGUUAUUCUUAGGCACCAUAGUGAGAAACUUGCAGUUGCCUUUGGGAUCAUUAGUAUUCCUUGUGGUUUACCUAUUCGAGUCAUGAAAAACCUUCGGGUUUGCAACGACUGUCAUACUGCGAUUGGAUUGAUCUCUCAAGUUACAGGAAGGGAGAUUAUUUUGAGAGAUGCACACCGUUUUCAUACUUUUAGGGAUGGACAGUGUUCUUGUGGAAGCUAUUGGUAAAGCUAUGUUCUAAUUUUGAUGGUAAA